AUGCCGAAAUCUAAAAGAUCAGUAAAUGCAACUGAAUGCGAUUUUAACGACAUGAAGCCAAUUGAGGUCUUCAAAUACCCUAGUCAAACUUCCAAAAUUAUUUGCGAUGUCAAUACCAAUAAUCUUUUACAAAUAUCUUCACAAAUUAUAGACCUUGUUAAAACCAACAAAGUUACUAUCCAAAUGGUACUUUACUUGAUUGAUGCUUUUUCACAAAUUCGUGUUAAAGAAGUUAAAUUAUUUACAGAACUUUAUUUAAAGUUAUCAAACGAAUUUUCAUGUAUCAUACAACCGAGAAAUGAGAAAUUAGCAGCGCUGUUACAUUAUCAAGGUUUAAAAUUUGAAAACUUCGAACCGAAAAAGAAAGAAGAAGAAAUCCUGAAUAUAUAUUCAACAGAAUCUCCUUUAUACUAUAUUGUAUGUGAUAAAGUUGAUGAUCUUAAGAGUAAAUUCCCAGACCUUGAUCUUAAACAGAUGUAUGCAAAGGAACUUACUUCGUUUGAUUGUGCAAUUAAAUAUGGCUCAGAGUUGUGUUUCAAUUACUUGAAAAAUUUAGGAGCUAAAUACACUGAUUACUCCGUAAAAUAUGCUGUUCAAGGCGGAAAUCAAAACAUUUUUAUGCAAAUGAUUGAAGAUGGUAAAUCAUUUCAUAACAUGAUUAAUACAGCAUUGAUUUAUCGACACUAUGAAAUUGCUGAGUACCUUAAAACAAAUUUUGAACAAACUCCCAGUUUAACAAAAAUAACAAAAAGUAUGUAUUUCGGCAAUUAUGAUGUUGUAUCAUAUUUAAUUUCUAAUGGCGCAGAUAUCAACGAACUUUACAUUUUUCUACAUGUUAUAUUUAUCAAUGCUUUAUAUUAUUUACUUUCUUCUCAAAUCUAUCAAUGUUUUAUGCUAUUCUGUUUCUUCUCAUAUUUUACCUUACUUUAUCGUAUUUAA